AUCCGAAGUAACUUUCGGUCUCCUCCUCAUCUUCUUCCUCCGGCCAACGAGAAAGUGAAAAAGGGGGAAAAAAAAGAAAAGAAGCGAAAAGGAGAGAUCAAAACCCUAACCCUAGUUCUCCGAUCGAUUUCGCCAUGGCGUCGAGUGGAUCCUCAGGGCGAGCCCCAUCGGGCUCCCGAUCCUUCGACUUCGGCUCCGACGACGUGCUCGGCGCCUACGACGACUACGCGAGCAACGAUCCCUCCAACGGGAAGCGAUUGGAUCCCUCGGGAAAGGAUCUCCAUGAUAGCAGAAUGGGGAGACCAUUGGUAAAUAUAUACGAACAUGAAAAUUACUCCAAGGAGGAGAUAAUAUCUGCUGUUGAGAAGUGCAUGAAGAAGUAUGCUGAUAAUCUGCUCCGAUCUCUUGAGGGAAUUGGAGGGCGCCUGUCGCAGCUGGAGAUUCACUGCUAUAAGCUUGAGAGAUCAAUAGGUGAACUUCGAAAUGAUUUUAGUAGGGAUCAGAGUGAAACAGAUCUGAAGUACAAGUCUCUAGAGAAGCAUCUUCAAGAAGUUCACAGGUCCAUCCAGAUCCUGAGGGACAAGCAAGAAAUUGCUGAAACCCAGAAGGAACUAGCCAAACUCCAACUCGCACACAAGGAAUCUGCUCAAAAGACUGAAGAGGCCAUUGCACCACCAUCAGCAUCUGAGCCAAAGAAGCAGCAUGACGACAAGCCAGAAGCAUCAAACCAACAUCUAGCCCUCGUGCUAUCUCGCCAGGCAACUGUACCCCACUCACUCCCACCGAGAGCUUCCGAUCCAAUCCAACCCUACAAGGAACCGACUUUACAGCAGACCAUACCCGCUCAUUUGGGCCCGCAACAGGAUCGUUAUAUUCUCAACCAAGCGAGUGCUUACUACCCGCAGAGCCAACCGAUGCAACCUGAGCUACAAUACAUUCAAACCAGGCCGCCACAAACUCAAGAUAUUCCGGUCCCACUGCCACCUCAGCAGCCUUCCCAAGUAAUUAGUCAGGCUCAAACACAGACUUUCCCUCAAUAUCACCAGCAGCAAUGGCCUCAGCCGCCCUCUCAGCAAUUUCCCCCGCAGGUGAUGCAGCCUCAACAACCUAACCCUAAUCAGUUACCCCCACAGGUGGUACAGCAGCACCAAUCUGCACCACAGACUCAAAUCAGACCUCAAACUCCGCCAUCCUAUCCACCUUACCAGACUCACCAACCGGCAAACCCUAAUCCAGAGACUUUCUCUGGAAGUAUGGCUAUGCCUGUUUCGUACGCCGCAAUCCCACAGCAACGGCCACAGCCCCCUCCAUCGAGCCAGGGCUCCUUUGGACCACCUAUGAGCAAAACUGGUUACAUGGGUCCCGCACCUUACACACCUCAGGUGAGUGCACAAGGUUUUAACUCUGCAUAUAGUUAUUCCGCGAACAAUGUUCCAGCUGUGCAGACUCAGCAGUUAAUGCGAAACCACCCAUACGGAGAGUUUAUUGAGAAAGCUGUGGUUAUGGGGUAUUCAAGAGAGCAGGUGGCGAGCGUGGUGCAGAGGAUGGCAGACAGUGGGCAGCCGAUAGACUUCAAUGCCGUGCUCGAUAGGCUCAAUGGAGGAGGUGGUGCAGCCUCCCAGCGAGUCUGGUCGGGUUAAUACAGGGCUUCGUGGUGAUUUUGUUCCCUUAUGAAGUUCAAGCUCUCAUUUAUCCAUGCUUUUUUUAUCAGCUGAUGAAUGUUUUCGAAUAAUUAAGUGGGUUUGUGGUUGUAAGUAAUUUACUUUGUUUAUAGAACUGAAGGUCCUCACUAUGCGAUCACAUGAACUUUUGUUUUCUGGUAAGUUCAUGAUGAAUGUGACUCUAUGAGGUAUAAUUGUAUUCUGCAUCCCGUUUGCCUGCUAUUUUAUUUCAGUGGAUGCUUGUAUUAUCGAGCAGUGAUGUUGACAAAGUUAUAUUA